CCGCCGGUCCCGGCCUGCCUGGAACACGCGGACGGGGCGGGGAUGUUGCUUUCCAAGAUCAACUCACUGGCCCACCUGUGCUCGGCGCCCGGCGGGGAUCUGCACCCAGUCAAGCCGCUGCCAGGAAAGGAAAAGGAACCCCUGGAGAAGCUGUACCAGGUGGGCCCGCUGCUCGGCAGUGGCGGUUUCGGCUCGGUCUACUCAGGCACCAGGCUGGCAGAUGGAGCUCUGGUGGCCAUCAAGCAUGUGUCCCGGGACCGGGUUUCAGAAUGGGGAGAACUGCCUGGUGGAUCCAGGGUACCUAUGGAAAUCUUGCUCCUGAAAAAGGUCGGCUCGGGCUUUCGAGGGGUGAUCCGGCUCCUGGAUUGGUUUGAGAGGCCAGACAGUUUCAUUUUGGUUUUGGAACGGCCAGAUCCUGUGCAGGAUCUCUUUGACUUCAUCACAGAGCGAGGGGCUCUGCCCGAGGAUUUGGCCCGCAGUUUUUUCCGUCAGAUUUUGGAGGCAGUUCGACAUUGUCACAGCUGUGGCGUCCUGCACCGGGAUAUCAAGGACGAGAAUAUCCUGAUUGAUCUGAGCAGUGGAGAGCUCAAACUUAUAGACUUUGGAUCUGGAGCCCUGCUCAAGGACACCGUGUACACUGACUUUGAUGGGACUCGUGUAUAUAGUCCUCCAGAAUGGAUCCGGUAUCACAGGUAUCAUGGCAGGUCUGCUGCGGUGUGGUCGCUUGGAGUAUUACUCUAUGACAUGGUGUGUGGUGAUAUCCCCUUUGAGCAUGAUGAGGAGAUCGUAAGGGGACAAGUCUAUUUUCGGCAAAGGGUUUCUCCAGAGUGCCAGCAUCUCAUAAAGUGGUGUUUAGCUCUGAGGCCUUCUGACAGGCCAUCUUUUGAAGACCUUUUGAACCAUUCUUGGAUGCAAGAUGUUCUCCUGCCUCAGGAAACAGCUGAGAUUCACUUGCACAGUCUAAUUCAAGAUUCUAGCAAAUAGCAGUGCGUCGAUCCUUUUGGGGUACAAAACAGAAUUUCACUCUACAGAGUCUGGUUGACUGGGAAUUUUUACAGGAACGCUAUUCAUCUCAUUCCAGACACCUGCUGCCUGGAGACUCUGCCAGACUUGAAGAAACCCAUCUCUUCUGAUAGAGUAGACUUGAAGUUCUUGGGGCCUGCCUUGCAAACUUCUUUGCCACUAGAUGAAUUGGGCAAGUCCAUGAGUGUCCACAACCUGCUGAAUCCUAGAAUAUGAAAGGAGUGGAACAGAGCACUAGAGCAGUUGUUUCCAUUGGGGGAUUCUGGGUACGGGGAGGGGAAGGGAAGGUACUGAUUUGGAUUGGCUACCUGUCUUCACUGUGUCACCCUGUUCCGAGUGCCUUCAGUUGCAAUCUGAGCUGUGCUGGGGAAAAUUACUUGAACGUUCCUUCAUUGCUGCUGUCUCAAGGUUCACAAGGUUCCACCUUCUAAAGAACUGCUUCAAAAGAAACUGGGGGGUGAUACAUUGGCAAACUAAUUGCUGCCCUGUAUGAACUCUGAAUUUGCUUCUUGCAGCCUCUCAAAAGUGAAGGCAUCCUCAAGUGCACAAACAAUGCAACCCAAUUAAUUGUAAAUUUGUACAGAACAAUACAGGAACAAAGUGUGGUGUACAGAAGAUUGUAGUUUAUAAUGGUUUUUACUCUUGUUUUUUAAUUUAUUUCUAGGAUUUUUUAAAUGAAAUGUCCUAACUUGUAGGAUCUUAUUUAUUUUAUUUAUGAAUCAUGUGAGUUCUUGGCCUACACCUCACUGCUGCAACUGCUUGUCUGGUUUCCUGUCAAUUGCCUCUGCCUGUCUUUUCCCCACUCCCAAAUCCCUUCCUCAUUGGGUUAUCUUCUGCUGCUUCAUGUCUUGCCACUGUAUGGAGCAGCUGACCACCUCUCAGCCAUGUGUAAAUAUUUCUAGCUGUGAUUGUUCAGCCUCCCUGAAUGUUUGAGACAUGUUUCCACAGGUACUAGUGGGAACAUGUGUGUAUGUGUAUAUAGUGCUCUUACUGAAAAUGGGGCAAGAUUCCUUGGACUUCAACACUGUCAGGCUUGUGUAAGUAAUUUGGUGUGUAGUCUGCUGGUUUUUUAAAUAGCUAAUACUGUACAGGGAAUUCAGAAAUGCUAAUUUUUUAUACAUGCUGUUUUAAA